AUGUCGUCCCCCGCCUGGUCACCCGACUCCUGGCGUUCAAAACCCAUCAAGCAGGCGCCGGACUACCCCGACAAGGCUGCGCUCAACAAGUCGGUCAAGGAACUCACACGCCUCCCGCCCAUCGUCCACCCCAAGGAGAUUGUCGCGCUGAAGCAGCACCUCCGCGAUGUCGCCCGAGGCGAGGCUUUCCUGUUGCAGGGCGGUGACUGCGCCGAGCUGUUCGACUACUGUGAACCCAACGCCAUCGAGUCCAAAAUCAAGCUGCUCCUGCAGAUGAGUCUGGUUCUCGUCUGGGGCGCUGACAAGCGCGUAGUGCGCAUUGGACGCAUGGCCGGUCAGUAUGCGAAGCCGAGAUCGAGCCCGACCGAGCUCGUCGACGGCGUCGAGCUUCCCUCGUUCCGCGGAGACAUUCUCAACGGCUUCCACGUCGACGAGCGCGACAUCGACCCCCAAAGACUCGUCAAGGCUUACCAAUAUUCAUCGGCAACUCUCAACUACGUCAGAGCAUGCCUCUCGUCGGGCAUCGCAGAUCUCCACAGGCCGCUCGACUGGGGGCUGGGCCAUGUUCGGGACCCCGAGCUGAAGAGGAAGUACUCCGAGGCCGUCCUCUCCCUCACCGACAUGCUCCGCUUCCUUCACACUAUCGGCGCCGACAGGAGCGACAAGCUGGACACUGUCGAUCUCUUCACGAGCCAUGAGGGCCUGCUUCUCGAGUAUGAGCAACCGCUGACCCGCCUGCUGGAGACGCCGCCACCGCCACGACCCACGACCAACGGCGCCGGCAACGGCGACCACGGCAACAAGCCGGCCGAGACGAAAAAGGACUACUACGACACGUCGGCCCAUUUCCUAUGGAUCGGCGACCGCACUAGGCAGAUCGACGGCGCUCAUGUCGAGUUCUUCCGCGGCAUCGCCAACCCCAUCGGCGUCAAGGUCGGCCCCACCACGCCGGCGGACGACCUGCUUGCCCUGCUGCGCACGCUCAACCCGGACUGCGAGCCCGGCAAGAUCACGCUCAUCACACGCUACGGCGCCGCAAAGGUGCGCUCGCUGCUACCGGCCCACAUCCGCGCCGUCGAGGACAGCGAGUACCACCGCUGCGUCGUCUGGCAGUGCGACCCCAUGCACGGCAACACGCUGUCCACGGGCAGCGGCAUCAAGACCCGCCGCUUCCGCGACAUCUUUGAGGAGCUCCAGGAGACGCUGCGUAUCCACAAGGAGCAGGGCAGCUACCUCGGCGGCGUGCACCUGGAACUCACCGGCGACGCCGUCACCGAGUGUCUGGGCGGCAGCGAGGGCUUGGACGAGGACGACCUGUCGACCAACUACACGAGCUUCUGCGACCCGAGACUGAAUGAGAAGCAGGCGCUCGAGCUUGCCUUCUUGAUUGCAGACCACUACAGGAACGAGAGGCGGCCGGUUUUGUGA